AUGAGCUUGUUGAGGAUUGGGUCGAUGGUGGAUGAUAGGUAUGGGGUUGUGCGACUUCUCGGGAAAGGACGCUUCUCACAGACCUAUCUAGUAGUCGAUAGAUCGACGCACAAGUGUCAGAACCUCGCUUUAAAGGUGUAUUACGCAGAAUAUGCCCCAAUAGCUGCCCGGGAAUGCGAGAUCCUGGCAGUUCUCAAAGACGCCGACCCCGCCGGACACACGCGCAACAUCUUGUUCGGGGGUGUGGCCCAAGACUGUCUGGGACUGCUACUGCCAGUACUAAGCCCCUACCCACUCAGUCUACCCCAAGGCGAACCCCUCAGCCGCACACAGCGCCUGCGGACCAUCACCUUCCAGCUGUGCACAGCGCUGAUGCUACUGGGAGACAACGGUGUGAUACACGCAGAUCUCAAGCCAGAUAAUGUACUGUGUGACUUGGCGGAUCCCAGGGGCGAUGUGUCCAGUAUGGGCGUGCGGCUGUGUGAUUUCGGGAAUGCCGUGUGGGACACUGAAUCUGAUCUGGCCGAAUACUUUCAGGAUUUUGAGAUACAGAGCCUCUCUUAUAGAGCCCCUGAGGUGGUGUACGGGCUGCCGUUUAAUAAAGCCAUCGACAUGUGGUCGCUGGGCUGUCUGUUGGUGGAGCUGUACCGAGGCCACGUGCUCUUCCGGUCACGCACUCGCACCGACCUAGCCAUAGAAAUGGCGGGACUCCUCAGCCCUCCUCCCCCGUCCUACCGGGCAGGCAAGUACUACCGCUCGUACGCCAGCAAAUCCAAUCUCUUCGACACAGCGCACAAUGAUGGGACUCUGCAGGGCAAACUCAGAGACUUGAUGCCAACUGCGGACAAUGAUUUCUUGGAUUUGCUGCGGGGAUUGCUGCAGUAUGACGCCGAGCAACGGCUUAUGCCCAGAGACUGUCUGAUGCACGAGUUUCUGCAACCGGUGUGUCCGCUGGCGCUGAUUGGCAUACCGUCGCCGCCGUUUGGGAAUGGUAGUAGUGGUGGUCAUGGUAGGGAUGAUUAUAGUGAGAACCGCAGUGAUGUGAAGGUAGAUAAUAGCGAACAUAGGCAGCCAUAUAUACCUGAGGGAGGGGAGAGGAGGAUUGCGGGACGAGGGUGGGAUAACGGUACAGCAACCCCUGAGAACUGUAGAAGCCUACAUCGAGAAGAAGACGUUAAGUAUAGAUACAGACCUACGGGUCAGAGUACCCAGAGUACCCGCGACGAGCAACGGUUACCGCAAGUACAUACCGCCGCAAGUACCGAUGGUAUAAGCGUGCAGAAGAACAGCCCGGAGGCAAGUCUCGCGAACGCGUUCACUUCACAGACGCAGGCACACUCACAGUCAAAUACUCCUAAGCACAGGACGUUAGGAGCACAGGGUACAGAUGGAAAGAAAAAUGCUGAGCUGUAUUUCUUCCCAUCUGUAUCGCCCAAGAAGGGGAAGGCGACACAAGCACAGACGUCACGCCAGCAUACCCAGGCGGUGACACAGACCGUGCAACCUUCCAAUACAAAGACACUCAACAAUGAGCCACAGUGGUCUCUACAGAAUAGACCUUACAAACAGCACAACACGCGCACGGCACGGGAAAUAUAUACAAUCCAGAACACAUCUCUUAAUAUAUUACACAACAAACCACAAAACACAACACUGAAUACAUCUCAUAACAUGUCUCUUGACAAAUCACAUAAUACAUCACUCAAUACAUCGCAUAACAUGUCUCAUGACACAACACUUGAUACAUAUCAGAAAAUAGCUCAUAGAUCAUCCCAUCACACAUCGCCUGUACAACAGAAUGCGGCCUCGUCCCGUUCGGAGAAACGGCCGUCCAGCGGUGGCCGCCUUAGCCAAGCCUUUACGAGCGAUCAUGGGCAAGAGAAAACGGGAGAGACUGCAACUGAAUCUCUACAAGCAAAAACACAUAUAGAACGUAAAGGGGCUGGGAUACAGACUAGCGCAGCUUCUACGUCGCACUCAUAUAGUACUCAAAGCGGAUAUAGAGGGAAGGGUGGGCGGGCGACACGCAGUGCAACUGUUGCACUCGAGGGCGAGGGUUCGCAGACAGUGGCACCUAAACGCAGUAGGCUUGGUACAAAGAAUGGCAAGACAAGUUGACAUUUACGAAGGUUGCCGUUGGAAUACUCUCCGCUGUGGAGGUGUGUAGCACAUCUCUCACGCAUUGUAGUUCAAGUGCACUCGCCACUGGCUG